AUGGUCCGUUGUGCAGCCCCCAUUGAUGGCAUCGUCGGAGCAUACACGGGCAACAGCUUCGCCGUACAAGCCACGAUCGCCAGCCUCCUCGGAUGCGCUAUCUUCAGCUCGUUAGAGCUGAUAGUGCUGGUCUUUUCCGUCUUCCGUGUUUAUCGCGGCCUGUAUUUCUGGAGCCUGCUAGUCUCGGCUUCGUUGGGCGUGAUUCCCGAUGCGCUAGGCCUGCUCCUGAAGUACUUCGAGCUCGCGCCGAUCUGGAUCCCUGUUACGCUAUCGACGGCCGGGUGGUGUAUCAUGGUCACGGGUCAAUCGCUAGUGCUGUACUCGCGACUGCAUCUGGUUGUGCUCAACAUGACGGUACUGCACUGGGUGCUGGGUAUGAUUAUCUUCAACGCGAUCGCGUUCCAGAUUCCACAGAUCAUUGCCUCGUAUGGCGCGGUUUAUGACUGCCGUUCUCAUUUUACACACUUUUUCAAUAUCUGGGAGAAGGUUCAGCUUACUGUUUUCUUUGUGCAGGAGAUUAUCAUCUCCGCUUUGUUUAUUGUGCAGACCAUUCGGUUGCUACGACUCUAUCCCGAGCGCAGUAAGCGCAGGAACAAUAUCAUGUACCAGCUGCUUGCGAUCAAUACGAUUAUUAUAUUUAUGGAUAUUGCGCUGCUGUCGCUAGAGUUCUCGGGUCAAUUUAUCACGCAGACGGUGUUGAAGUGCUUCUUUUAUACGGUCAAGCUUAAGUUGGAGCUUGCGGUUUUGUCGCGCUUGACCUCAUUUGUUCAGUCGCACGUCGAGCAGGCGCCAUCAGGGUUUAGCUACCAACAGUCUUGA